AAUAUCCCUCUCUCGUCUCCGCAAAUCUCCUCCUUCUCUCUCACUCUCAAACGUCGCAUCUCUAAAAUCCAAAAACCAAUGUCGACGGUGAGAAAGAUCACUCUGAAGAGCUCCGAUGGAGAAAACUUCGAAAUUGACGAAGCUGUUGCUCUAGAGUCACAGACCAUAAAGCAUAUGAUUGAAGAUGACUGCGCUGAUAAUGGUAUCCCUCUUCCUAAUGUAACCAGCAAGAUCCUUUCUAAGGUGAUUGAGUACUGUAAAAAACAUGUCGAAGCUGCUGCUAAAUCCGAAACCGCUGUUUCUGCUGCGUCUACUACUACUACGGCUGCUGCGUCUGGUUCUAGUGAUGAGGAUCUCAAGACUUGGGAUUCUGAGUUUAUCAAAGUUGACCAGGGCACUCUCUUCGAUCUCAUCCUGGCUGCUAACUACCUGAAUAUCAAGGGACUGUUGGACUUGACCUGCCAGACAGUAGCUGAUAUGAUUAAAGGUAAAACCCCAGAAGAAAUCCGCAAGACUUUCAACAUUAAGAACGACUUCACGCCAGAGGAAGAAGAAGAGGUUCGUCGUGAGAAUCAGUGGGCAUUUGAAUGAAUAGAAAUGAAGAACCGGGUGCUGUAUCGUCCUCGACUCAUUGUGUCUCCCUCCCUGUCGUAUCUUCUGUCUUUGACUAUAUAUCCAUUAUCUUCUCUGUGUUGGUUCAGCUAAGACAUUGGGUUGAAUGUUAUGCUAUGAAUGUUUAAAUUCAAUACUUAACUACCAAACAUAUGGAAGUUUGUUCCCA